AUGGCCACGGAGAUCGUUGCCUUCAUCCUGACCAUAUCUGGAUGGAUCCUGGUCUGCUCCACGUUGCCUACUGACUACUGGAAGGUGUCCUCCGUGGAUGGGACAGUCAUCACCACGGCGACCUUCUGGUCCAACCUGUGGAAGACCUGCGUCACGGAUUCUACAGGAGUGUCCAACUGUAAAGAUUUCCCCUCCAUGCUGGCUCUGGAUGCGUAUAUCCAGGUGUGUCGGGGCCUGAUGAUUGCGUCUGUGUGCCUGGGGUUCUUUGGAGCCACCCUGGCCCUGAUGGGAAUGAAGUGUACCAGGAUCGGAGGCUCAGAGAGCACCAAGGCCAGACUAACAGGCCUCUCAGGCCUUCACUUCAUACUCAAUGGGCUUUGCUCCUUGACUGCAUGCUCCCUGUACGCACACAGGAUCACAUCAGAGUUCUUUGACCCACUCUUUUUUGCUCAAAAGUUUGAGCUGGGCGCAGCGCUCUUCAUCGGCUGGGCUGGCUCGGUGCUCUGCAUUUCAGGAGGACUCAUAUUCUGCCUCUCCUUGUCAGAGGGCUUCAGGCAAGUCUGUACAAUUUAAUUAAAUGAUGGUCAAUUACAGAAAAGUAUUACUUUGACAGACGUGUCCCCCCCCCCCUUCCAUUUACUCAGUGUGUUAUGUAAUCUGUAAGUACGGUACGUAUCUCAACAUCAUGUUGACUGAGACACAGAAAUGGAAAGUUAUCUAUAAUAGAGUAGACGGACCGUAAAGCUUGUCAUUCAGUAAGUUAAUGAAGCAGUUUAAUAUGGACUGUAAUGAAGUUGUUUAUGUACUGGGAUAUCCAGGGAUCACUGUCAACAUCUUGUCUCAUAGUGACAACAGUAUAAGGACAUGCACUGUAUGUUGAUGACUGAAUGUUUUCUUUGUGUAUAGUGUCAACGUAUUUAUGUGAAAGUCACCUUGGGUGGGGGGCCUAGGGAACGAGUGCAUAGGGUGGGAUGAGGUAACAGGCUGCUUCAAUAACUGUCACUACAAUUGGCCUAGAUCCGAGACUUCUCUUUCUUCUGAACUCAGACU